UAUGUAUAGACAUUUAUAUCGAAAUCCAACCAUCUUAUCUAAAAUUCUUAUUAAAGAGUACACCAACUUAAAAAGUGAAGAGCUAGCCUUCCGAUAUGCUGCAUUAGCUAAAUUGCGCACUUAAGAAUUAGAAUUUGAAGCUCUACAUCAAUUGGAUCCAAUCGAACAUUGGGAUAUUAGUAAAAUUUCUUUAUUACCACAAAUUUUUACCUUACUCGCCAAUCUACAUAGAGCCACCCGUUCAGAUAGCUUGAUUUAAUAUCCAUAAAUAGAAGCAGUCAAUCGUAUUACAGCACUAUUAGAUCCUAAUAUGUUUCCUGUUUAAGAUCUCUCUUUGAAAUUACAUACUUCUGAUACUAUGACAAUUUGGGAGAAAUCAAAGACACAAAGAGUGACUAAAAAUUUAGGAUUCAAACUCAAUCUAAGAGAGAGUACUAUUGAUCAUUCCGAUGCAGGAGAAGGAGUCUUCUUAGAGACUUUACCAGCAAACAAAAGGCUGUUACUUAUUUUAUUUUAAGUGUUCCUGCAGGUACCCUUUUGGGCUUCGUACCAGGUUUGAUCUAUGAUAACUAUUAAUCAUACGGUGAGAAGACACCUCCAGAUAUGCAUUUCUUUAGAUUCGAUGGGCCCAUCUUUGAUUUUACAUCCAGGAUAUUCUACCCUUAUGUUCCAGGAUUUGGUUAUGAUGAAUACGAAUAAAAAAUAUAAGAAAUAGAUGAUUUAGCUGCUCGAUCUAAUAGACCUUAUAGAAAUAAAUCUAAAGGAGGUUAUGAAUUAGUAAAAGGAGAAGAUAUAAAUCCAUAUGCUCUAGGUCAUAAAAUCAAUCAUACUCCAAGAAAUAAAUCAACUAAUGUAUGUUUAAUAGAUAUAUUUGUUCCUAAAAAUUUCUUUCCUGAAGAAUUGAUGAAAUUUUGGCCAACUUAGUAUUUCUCCACAACUCAAGAUUUUUUAUUAAGCAAAUCUAUUCUUGAUAAUCAUUACAAAAAUCACAUUAGAGGUCUAGGAUUCAUUAGUGUCACAGAUAUUAAAGAUGGAGAGGAAUUAUAUUUAGAUUAUUUAGAAUCCUGUCUUUUCAACAUGGAAAUUGAGUCACCUGAUUGGUUAAUUAAACCACCUCCAUUACAUCCACAAAUUUGCAAAUGUAGUCUCAGAUAAGAAAGUUUAUUGAUGAUGCUUUUAGAGGAUUAUGCUUUUUAAUAAACAAAAGAUGGAAAAAACUUUGACAAAUUUUAUAAGAGUGUUUUAAGAGAAAAUAACUAAUAUUUAUGA